AUGCGUUCUGUUCAAUUGCUGAGUUGUGCUGUAGCACUGGCUAGUCAUGUUUCUGGGCAAGCGGUCUCGAAAGCGUCGUGUGAUUCAGUGACAAAGAUCUGCUUCUCCUCCUAUACAGCGCCUGAGAAUAACAUGACCUUUGGAAUCGCACUUCCCAUGAAUGUAACUGAUCUUUACGAUGCCAUUAUCUCCAUCACAGCCCCUCUCUCCGUCACUUGGGCUGGCUUUGCCUGGGGAGGAACGAUGGUUUUCAACCCUCUUACGGCUGCGUGGGCAAACGGAAAGACUUCAGUAGCAUCUUCGCGAUUCGCUUUUGGACUGGGUCUUCCUCAAGGUUAUGAUGGAGCGACUUAUACUUUGUUGAAAGGCACGACCGCGAACAGCACACACUGGACGAUGGUUGCGAAAUGUGAUGGAUGCACUUCAUGGCAAGGUAGUGAUGGCAACUUAGCUGUCCUCAACGCUACUGGUACGACACAAUUUGCCUGGGCUCAAGGCGACACAGCAGUUCAGGACCCAUCAAACAACGCUUCUGCUUUCAACGUCCACAAAGCAUAUGGGAAAUGGAUUCACGACUUGAAUGCCGCUCGAAGCCCAAACUUCAAUACGUGGGUUUCAAGCAAUGUAUUGGCCCCAGUCGCCACCAGCAGUGUCACUGCCCCAUCUACGACCAGCAAAGCUGCCACCACUUUGUCCACAAGCCUCGUCCCAACCACGAAACCAUCAACCCCUGCUCAGAAUGGUGCAAUUCCAGCUUCCUGUUCCGGGGCUGGAGCUGCUGUCUUCCAAUCCGUUCUCGCGAGUGGCUGGAAGGCUACCAAGGUUCUUGGAGGUCUGACGAGUCCUCGAAGUCUGGUUUGGGAUUCUGCUGGCAACAUGUUGAUGGUUCAAUCUGGGAAGGGUAUCUCGAUCCACACUAUGGGGACAGAUGGCUGCGUUGCAUCAACUAAGAUGCUGGUCUCCUUGAACAGUCUGAAUCAUGGGCUCACCUUGAGUGCUGAUGGCAAGACCCUAUAUGCGAGCUCCAUGACUACAGUCUUCGCCUGGCCAUAUACUGCUUCCUCCGGCACAGUUGGUACUAGGACAACUGUCGUCAAUGGAAUGUACAAUGGUGGUGCCCAUACCACUCGAACCUUGCUUAUUGGUGCCCACGCGCCUAAUUUGCUGGUUGUUUCUCAUGGGUCAAAUGACAACUGGGAUUACGCAGCUGGUAAUCCAAAGACAGGUCGUGCAAUCGUCAAAGUCUUUGACCUCAGUGCCGUUCCUUCUUCAGGAUACAACUACGUCUCCGGCGGAUACGUGAUGGGAUACGGUAUGCGAAACGAGGUCGGAAUUACUUUUGAUGGAAACAACAUGCUUUGGGGUGUAGAAAACAGUGGCGAUAACUUCGCUCGUGGAGGAAAAGACAUCCACCAGAAUAAUCCCGCCGAGAAGCUGAACUUCAUCGGCGACAUCACAAAACCCAACAAUAACUGGUACGGAUACCCGACCUGCUUUGCAGUCUGGCAAGCAAGCGACUUCUCAGGCACUAGUCUCCAAGUCGGAGAUCAUUUCGUGAUUGCACCCAACAGCACAUUCAAGGACGACAGUUGCAAAUCAGUGACCACCACACCGUCGCUUGUCUUCAUGGCACACUCGGCACCAAUUGAUAGCAAAUUCGACAGCACCUACAGCAACCUAUAUGUUACUUUCCACGGAUCAUGGAACCGCAACCCAACUACGGGCUUCAAGUUGGUCGAAGUUCCGUUCCAGAAGGGAACCGAUGGGCAGUACAAGCCUGUUGCUCCUCCGACAAGCAACACCGGAUACACGGACGUGAUGACAAAUCCGGACGUGACGAAGUGUGCUGGUAACGGCCCUAGUUUCAGCUCGGGAUGCUUCAGACCUGCUGGUCUCCUGUUUGACUCUGCAGGAAGGCUGUACAUGACAAGUGACACCACUUCUCAAGCUGAGUUGUGGGUGCUGGGCAAGCAAUGA